AUGUAUUACAAAACAAAAACACAUUUUAACCUAGUGUAUAUUCUAAUCCGUUAAAAGUCACCUUCGAAGUUCUAGUCUAUCGAAUUAUAGUACUAUAAGUUCAAGGACUAGGGCAUAAACGCAACUCGAAUGAAUGCUUAGUCCCGCGCCAAUUCAUCUCCUUAGCAAUCUUUCCAGGCGCAAAAUGUCAUCCUCACCAAAAGAAAUCACGAUAAUAGGAGGCGGCAUUAUUGGCUGCUGCACCGCCUAUUUCCUCACCCGACAUCCUUCCUAUUCUCCAGAAACGCAUCGCAUAACACUCCUCGAGGCUUCCACCAGUAAUGCCGGAGGACGAACCCCUGACAGCAUCACUGACCCAGCUACGCUAGCUGAUCCCGAGACCGCGUCAAAGAGGAACCCCGCUCACGACGGAAUUGCCGGAGGCGCAAGCGGUAAGGCAGGUGGCUUGCUUGCGCUGUGGGCUUUUCCUCAAAGCAUCGUACCCUUAAGCUUUAAACUACACGAUGAGCUUGCGAAAGAAUACGGCGGCGAUAAGAGGUGGGGGUAUAGACGAUGUUAUGCAAGCCAGAUCGAUUGCCAGGCGCGUCUCCCGCCGGGGUUCAGCAGUAGGGUGGCGGACGGGAAGGAUAUAAGCGAGACGGAACCUGUCGGCAAUGGCGUGGAGCAGGUUUCAAAGGGACUACAUAAGAACCACAAGAAAGAAAUCAAAGCGCUGGAGAAACUUGGCGCCCCCGAAGAUCUAGAUUGGCUAGAUACUGAGGAGGCACUAACUGCUUACGAGGGGAUGGGUACCCCGGAUAAUACAGCUCAGGUACAUCCUGAACUGUUCACCAGAAGCAUGGCUCAAUUGGCUGAAGAAAAGGGGGUCAGGAUUGUGACGGGGGCAAGGGUCACGGCUAUCAACAAGGCGUCAGAUGGUGGAAGCGUGGAGAGCGUGGCAUACGAGAAAGAUGGAAAGGAAGAAAUAUUGCCUACAACAGAUUGCGUGGUAGCUGCCGGGCCGUGGACCUCGCGUCUCCUACCCGAAAUCCCCAUUAACGCGGCUCGGGCUCACAGCGUCGUCAUUAAGACGCCAAAGCCCGUGUCCGCGUACGCGCUCUUCACUUCGAUCAUGCUCCCAAACGGUUUCCCUACCCCAACACCCAGAGACUCUAGAGGAGCGCCGGGUGCACAUCGGCCGCUAAGAGGGCAACAAAUCGUUGAACCUGAAAUCUACGCGCGACCAGACGGCACCGCAUAUGCCUGUGGGCCUACAGAUGAUAUGGUCGAACUACCACUAACGACCGCCGAGGUCGAAGUCGACGUGGCCCGGUGCGAGGACAUCAUAUAUCAACUCGGCGGCAUAAGCGAUGAGCUAGGCAAGGACGGCGAGGUCCUUGCGAAGCAGGCGUGCUAUCUACCUCAAGGCGGGCCUUAUAUAGGCGAAGUAACUCCCACUAAGGGACUCAUCGUUGCCGCAGGGCAUACGUGCUGGGGUAUACAGAACGCGCCUGGGACAGGGAAGCUUGUCAGUGAAAUUAUCUUCGACGGUAAGCCGAAGAGCGCAAAGCUAGGCGGUUGUGAUCCGGCAUUAGUCUUAUGACCUGGCUGGAUGGGCGCAAUAUGGGGUGGUCUAGCAUAGGUAUAUAUGUAGGUAGGUAAGUAUAUGAAUAUUAUAGGCGACGAUAUAGUAGAAGCUACGAGCUUCGUGUAUUAAUGAAUAUAAUCCUGGGGGCGGAAGCCAGCGUUGCUCAAGACUAGUAGCCAAAAGAGAUAUAUUUUGGUCGCUAUGUGUAUUGAUUAGCGUCACUAUGUUUGUUUGACUUCGUCUCCGUGGGACUAGAGUAUCUUUACCUAGGUACGUAGUA